AUGAGCUCGAUCCCGAGCGCGCGAGCGGUUCGACGCGAGCGGGUCGAGGGGGGGGGUGAUGAGAAGUGGCUCAAGGUUGGAAACGUGCGCGAGCUGGACGAGAAACCGAUCAAGGCUUUGAUCCUGGCGAACGGGAACUUUUGCAUGGUGAAGUAUGGAUCGAUGGUGUUCAUCACGGCGUGUAACUCGACGGCGUAUCAGUACCCGCUCAUCGAUGGGGAGCUGUUCGAGGGAGCGAUGGGGGCGGCGAUUCGCUCGCCGCUCGACGGCACGGAGUACGAUCUCGCGACGGGAGAGGUCUUGAAGUGGUGUCCGCAGGAUAAUAUGAUGCGCAAGCUCUUGGGUGGGUUAAAAAAAGCUGUGAACCCGAUUCCUUUGCCGGUCUACCCGACGAAGAUCAACGAGGACGGUGACGUCUUCACGUUCUUUGUAUAA